UCCCGGCCCCGGUGCCGGUGCCACCACCCCCGGGGAGCGCAGGCGCCGCGGCGGGACCAGCAGCUCCCGCCCUUUCCGCUUCCGCCGCCGCCAUGAUCGGGGACCUGCUGCUCUGCGGGACGCUGCUGAUGAACGCCGGGGCCGUGCUCAACUUCAGGCUGAGGAAGAGAGAGACGGAGGGCUUCGGCGAGGAGUCGAGGGAACCCACGACCGGUGACAAUAUCAGGGAGUUCUUGCUGAGUCUCAGAUAUUUUCGAAUCUUCAUUGCCUUGUGGAAUGUCUUCAUGAUGUUCUGCAUGAUUGUGUUAUUUGGAUCUUGAAAGUCAUCCACAAAUAUGCCUGUUAACUUGGAAGAGACUUUUGGCUGGAAAUGUAACUUUUCUAUAAAGUAAAAGAUUAUAACGCUUUCAAAACACAGCCCUGAGACUGUGGCCUGUCUUUGGUACAAAUUCCUAACAUGCUGAAGGGACGGGACACGUUCAUCCUCUUCAGCCAGUCGUGUAGUAAUACAGUGCAUGCUGGUUCGUUUGCUGCCAGGGGAAUUGAGCCUUUAGGUCCCUAAGCCAAAAUCUUCAAAGUAAAAUUAUUUCAACUUUACUGAAAUAAAGAGAACUUGAAAUUGUUUUGCUAGGCGUAGAGUGCGGUGCCCAUUAUGCAGGGUAGGAUUGGAGCAUUACUGAAGACCACAGUCUUAAAACUGCGUUGUCAGUCACUCCCAGUUCUGGAUGUGUCUGCUAAUGUCACCACUGUCUAGGAUACUUGGAAUUCACACUUACUGGUUCUGAUUUUUAUAAAGUUGAGCAAAGUAUUGGUGUAACUUCUCACUAUUCCAUUUAGUUUUGUUGGAGAAAUACAAAAAUGAUUUAAAAAAUGGUGUUCUCGCCUUCUCACUGUUUUUCCAACAAAAUGCUUUUUAAAUUAAAACUUCAAAGAUAAGGGUUUUUUUCUAAGCAAUAUGUAAGGGAUUUUGAAUAGCAAAAAUAAUAUUGUAACCAAAUGCUAAGGAAUAGUAUUGAAAUAAUCUUGGACUUGGUUCAAUAAAGUUGUUCUAUUUAAGGGUAAAA